GGUGAUAACGACGGCUGCUUGACUGCUAUACUAACAACCGAAAGAGCGCCAUACUUUCUCUCUUAUCUGGACUAUAAUCCUCUGGGAGACUAUCAACUCUGCGCCGAUGGUAGAUCCCUCAAUUUUGAUCGACAUUUCUUCGGCUUCACGCAACUAUACACACCACCCCAGAAUAAACCCAUAAAUCUAGAUAUUAUAACUAUCGCUAGCCCGAAUGAACACGCCUACAACUGCUGGAGGGGUGACCAAAAUCAGUUCGGACUUAUCUACGCGUGGCCUUAGUGCUGUGCGGGAAUAUUACUCGGAGUUCUUCGAUAAACUGAAAAUGGUCCGUCGCACCGCAGAAGAAGCCGGCCGCCCAUUGGUACUGAUUGGCCAUGGAUUUGGGGCCGCAGUUGUUGCAAAGAUUUUGAUGGAGGCUAAGGAUUAUGAGGAGGACGAAUGUCUUGCUUUGGCAUCUCUUUACGGCUCGAUCAAAGCUAUGGUUUUAAUCGCCGCCCCCGACUCAGCUAUGCUAAUAGACCAAAUUCAAACUAUGGUCGCUGGGGAUACUACCUCCCCGAGCCCUAACCUCAUUGCUGCAAUCGACGACACAGUACAAGGAUUGGCCGAGGACCUCCAUGAUUUUAAUGGCGGGGAUCUAUGGUCUACGUGUGACAAAUUCGGCAAACGACAACCCUCGAUAUUGAAGAUACCACCUUUUGCCAGCACCAAAAUCAAAGUUCACAAAAGCAUGACCUCUAUAGCUAGAUUUGGUACUAGUGCCGAUCCAGCCUACCAAAGCAUGGUCAAAAUCCUUAAGGAAGUGGAGGCAACCGCUAUGACCGAACGAAGUCCCGAGUGGAUUAAUGCAGCGAUGAUCAGGAAAUCGGGCUUAACAGUCAUCCAUAACCCACCAGAGGCCAUCACAGAUAUUGUUCUCAUUCCAGACCUUACCGGGGACCCGUGGGAAACCUGGUCCCAAUGCUCAAGGAAUCUCACCCAUUAUGCUAUCCUAAGCAAAUUCUGGCCCGCGAGCUUUCUACCCAAAGACUUUCCGGAGACACGGAUCUUGGUUUGGGGAUUCGAACCCGACCCGACGUUCCGGAUGGAUGCGUUCCUAGACCGCGCAUCCGAGUUAUUACAUUCCCUGACUAUGCCAGACUCUAGACCACUUGGACGGAGUAUGGUGUUUAUCGCACACUCCUUUGGCGGAAUUUUACUGAAAGAAAUGCUUCGCUUGGCUGAUCAGGGUGACACUAUGGCGACGAAAGACCUAAUGAGCUACACGUCGUCGGUUGUCUUCUUGGGUACACCCCAUGGCGGGGAUGGAGAUUCCCUUUCGCUUGUUGACGUGGUACAACGUUUAAUUCCUUCACAAUAUACCCAACAGGAGUACGAUGAUAGACUGGAGAGAUGCCAGGAAACUUUUCUCACCCAGAGGAAAACAUAUGGCUUUCGAGUUAAGUGCUUUGCCGAGGUCCCAACCUCGUUAUUCCAAUCUUCAGGCCAGUCUGCGAGGUACAUCAUACCUAAAACUGCCGCAACUUUGCCUGAAUCGAUCUCAACCAUCGAAGAAAUAGGCGCGGGCUCCAAAGGGUUCUGCCAAUUUGAUGACAGCUCCAACGCUGGUUAUCUCAAAAUUACUUUAGAACUCCAAAUCGCUCUUGAGCAGGUCAAAAAUGAUGGACUGCAUCUUAGAGACGAUUGUCUAAAAUCCCUUUACUUUGAACAACUCCAAAGCCGCGAACUUGAUAUUGCGAUAGCCCUCGAUAGCACAGCUACAUGGUUAUUUAAACACAGGGAUUACGUUGAUUGGGCUUCGUGGGGUGUCACUCACACAGAAGAACGGCGCGGCCUACUAUGGAUCAGGGGGAAACCGGGCUCUGGAAAAUCGACGCUUAUGAAGGAGGCCCUUACACAGGCUAAAGUCGCGGGGAGGAGGUCAUCCUUCUCUGUUUCUGCAUUCUUCUUCUCGAUGAGGAGUAACGUACAACUACAGAAGUCACCAUUAGGGCUUUUUAGGACAUUGCUAUAUGAUUUAAUCAAGCAAGAUAAGGCUCUUUUGACGGCAUUCAUAACAGAGUAUAAAAGAAAGCGUGCCACAAAUCCUGGCCCGUGGACAUGGCACCAAACCGAACUUCAGAAUUUUUUCAGAUCGGUAUACCUGAGGGAUGAAUUCUCGCGUUUGAGAAACGCCAUGAUUUUUAUAGACGCCUUGGACGAGAGCGAUAGAGAAGGCCAUAAAGAGGCUUACCAGGUCGCCCGCGAGCUGGUAUUUUACUUUAGAGAGAUCACAGCGGGACGAAGAUUGAAGGUUUGCCUGGCGAGCCGACAUUAUCCAGAUAUUGAAGUUCCGGAUUGUCCUCAAAUUUCUGUGGAAAACUUCAACGGUGAUGAUAUCAUCCACUUUCUGAAUACCAAGCUCCAUGGUGCUGACGAGGAUCCGAGAAUCAAGGCACUCGCUAAGAGAAUUGCCGACAAAGCUCAGGGCGUAUUUCUCUGGGUAGUUCUCGUCGUGGAGACAUUAAACAUGAAUAUCGCUAAUCAUAUGACUGAACUGGGCUUGUACGACGUAUUGGAUAAUUUGCCCGGCCAGCUCGAGGACCUAUUUGAAAGUCUGUUCACGAACAAGUCGUCCAAGCAUGAGUUGCGGGUGGCGGCAAAUAUUUUUCAGUGGAUCCUUCUGGCUGAGCGACCGCUAGAAAAGGAUGAGCUCCGACACGCAUUAACGAUUGACCUUGAGGAUACAAAACCUAUGGAUAGUCCUCGUCGCUGGAGCUUAUCUAAAGAUUGCAUUCAAGAGGAAGCGAGGAAGUUCUUGACAUCAUUGCGUUUCUACACGAGAGGGCUUGCACAGAUUACCCUGAAGCAGUAUAGGGAACCGGAGUCUCAGCUUCAUUCGUUCGCUGAGCGUCGCAGAGCAAAACGCAAGCAUAUAAAGGAUUCCGCGAGCGAAUCUAUAAGGUUAGAAGGAGAGGAAGAGCGAAAGAAGCGAGCAGCUGGAGACAGGAUGGCUACGAAACUCGACCAGAGAACCAAGCCGGGGCCGGUUGAGGGUAAACAGGAUAAUAAAGCCGCCACAGGUGAAGAUGCCAGCGACAAUGAAAAUGGCGAGGGACAGCAUAAUAGUUCUAGUUCGCCCGCGCCCAUUUCCUUAAUGUCAAUCCUUACAAAACCGUUCGAAGGAAUAACCGACGUUCCACUACCCUUUCCGCCGCCCCGUUUCCUUCCUCAACCUCAACCGCGGCCAACUCUGGAUCCCCCCUCUGUCCCAGCGCAUGUUUUAGAUUCGGAAAUACUAUACAAACCUACCUUUAUGGGUCACUCAACCUGGGUCCCAACUCCACCAACACUGCCUACUCUGGACUCACUCAAUAACAAUGCAGCCCAACCUACCGUUAUGCCAGAUGCGCCACAACUGCCUCUUAUACCCCAAGAUAACCCAUAUAGGCCAACUAUUUUACCAAGUCUGCCUUCGCCACGACCAAAGAGAUUCCCUAGAAUACCAGUUCGGGGGCUUUUGAACCUAGUCCACGAAGAAUGGUCAUCGGUCCAAUUCAUCCACGAAUCCGUCCGCGAGUUCUUCUUAAGGGGUGAUGGCUUCGCCAUAUUAGAAUGCAAUGGGAACUCUAAAUCGCUCGCGGAGAGGCAUGAGAUUCUAGCGGAAUAUUGUAUGGUAUGCAUUUAUCAAACUCCGUGGGAUACUUUCGGUGAAAGAGUUUUUGACGAGUUCCCAUUCGUCCGAUAUGCUCUCAAAUCGUUACUCUAUCAUGUGGGUGAGGCCGAACGCGAGCUGCAGACUCCCUUACAUCUCGCCGUCUCGUGCCAGUAUCCAUCUAGGCUGGCCAUUGAGGCGCUUCUCGAGGCCGGCGCCGACGGUAACGCGGUCGACGUGGGCCGUAACACGGUGCUCCAUUACGCAGCAGAAAGGCUGCCCGCCGCGGACGUAAAACGCCUACUCGAGAAAUGCAAGAAGCCGAUCAAACUGUCAGAGCCCAAUCGUUUCCAGCGCACUCCCCUGCAUAAUACGGCAUGGCGCGAAGACUUACGCGUUUUCCGAGUUCUUAUGGAUGCAGGGGCUGAUUUGACGAAGAAAGAUAGCAGUAAUGCUACUCCCGUACAUUAUGCUAAGGGGAAGAUCGAUCAUGAUCAGUAUUUGCGGGAUUUUCUGUUAUCGAAGGGGUAUAAACGUAGUCUGAGAUAUAUUGAGUCCCAUCUGACGGUCGUUUAUGAAGCUUCUGAUACUCGACUGUAGGGCGGUCGGGUUUCAGGUAGCAUAAGUAAAUGUGAUGUUUUUAUAUAUCUGGAGUGUUUAUAAGGUUGUAUAUAGGGAAUAUCUUUUCGUCAUAUGGCUUGAUUUACUACCUCCUUUAUUUUUGUUAGGGUUGUAUGACUGAGGCAUCCCACUGGUUAUAGUGGGGUUAUAACGAUUACUAAGAGAUCCCAAAGACACCUAGAUGUCAGCCAUUGUGACUGUAGUAAACAAGGAAUAACCAUUGCCUUCCAAUAAUC